CUGGCCGUGGGAGCACGGGGCCAUCUCAUCCGUCCCCGGCUCGCCCGCGACGAAGAACGGAGAGGAGGCACGGCAGCGGGAGGGGGCAAUCGCGUUUUGGAGGCGGCCCGUCCCUCGAUUCGCCUGGGAGGCGCCGCCGCUUCGCGACCCGGCCUUGGUGAUAUUGGUGGUCGCCGGUGGGGCGCACAGGGGCACUAUCGGCGUCCCCCGCCGAUGGGGAGCACAGGGACCGUUGCAUCCAUCCCCGAAUCGCCCACGAGGAAGAACAGAGAGGAGGCACCCGGGGGUGAGCCUCCGAACGGAUGGCUCCGGACGGAUGGCUGGCUGCAGAAACUUGUCCACAGCCUCAUGCAGAUCCCGGAUAAGAUUCAGAACUCUCUCAAGCUGCAUUUGGGGCGUUUCUUGAAGACGGGCGGCGGUGGUGAUGUCAAGGCUCAAAUGUCGUCAGAGAAUGUUAGGGGAUUAUGUAGUGCUGCUUCUGCAGAUGUUAGAUUGGAGAAGCAGCUCCAGGCUUGGAGAAAUGACCCUAGUUGGACUGAUCAUCCUCCAGAAAUCAAGGUCACUGUACCACAAGGCUCUCUUUGCAACCUUAAUUUGAGAUUUGAGGCAGGGUUACCACCGGAUGUAGUUUACAACAUUAUAAUUGAUCCGGAGAACAAAAGGGUGUUUAGAAAUAUCAAGUAAUGACCUCCUAACAGAAGAGAGUGGCGAUAUUAAGGAACGGUGGCGACAGAGAAGAAAAUCUGGGCGACAUGGAAAUUCUCUUAGGACCGCAAGACAAGAAGUAUAAACUGCGAAACCUGGAUGGAGUCAUUGUUUACAACCAAGAUAGUGUGUAUGUUACAAUCUCGUUGUUGAUAGUGUAGUGUUUGUUGAGUUUUGGAUUAUUAACAGCAGUAUAUGCGUUAUUAAUAAUAACAUCAUGUUCCCCGUGUUGU